CCAUGUCCACCACCACGUGCCAAGUGGUGGGCUUCCUCCUGUCCAUCCUGGGCCUGCUGGGCUGCAUCACCUCCACGGGGAUGGACAUGUGGAGCACGCAGGACCUGUACGACAACCCGGUCACCUCGGUGUUCCAGUACGAAGGGCUCUGGCGGAGCUGCGUGAAGCAGAGCUCGGGGUUCACCGAAUGCCGGCCCUACUUCACCAUCCUGGGCCUUCCAGCCAUGCUGCAGGCAGUGCGAGCCCUGAUGAUCGUGGGCAUCGUCCUGGGUGCCAUCGGCCUCCUGGUGUCCAUCUUUGCCCUGAAGUGCAUUCGCAUUGGCAGCAUGGAGGACUCUGCCAAAGCCACCAUGACAUUGACCUCUGGAAUCAUGUUUAUUAUCUCAGGUCUUUGUGCAAUCGCUGGAGUGUCUGUGUUUGCCAACAUGCUGGUUACUAACUUCUGGAUGUCUACAGCCAACAUGUACUCCGGCCUGGGUGGGAUGGUGCAGACUGUUCAAACCAGGUACACCUUCGGUGCGGCGCUGUUCGUGGGCUGGGUGGCUGGAGCCCUCACGCUAAUUGGGGGCGUGAUGAUGUGCAUCGCCUGCCGGGGCCUGGCGCCUGAGGAAACCAACUACAAAGCCGUGUCUUAUCAUGCCUCGGGCCACAAUGUCGCCUACAAGACCGGAGGCUUCAAGGCCAGCACUGGCUUUGGGCCCACCGCCAAAAACAAGAUAUACGAUGGGGGUGCCCGCCCAGAGGACGAGGUACAAUCUCAUCCUUCCAAGUAUGACUACGUGUAGCACUCCAAGGCACCUCGGCA